GUGUUCAUCGAAGCAGAAGAAGGUCCACGAAAUCUGAAUCUACAGCCAAAUCACUGUGCUGCUAUCAACAGUUGACUGGAAUCCACACGAGAUCUGUUCUGUGAGCAUUGUAUACUCAGAUUAUCAAACCAUACGAGUUGAUUUGUUCUCAAUCAAAGCAAUUAAGUAAAUCGGCCAAUUUAUCAUUUGUGCAGGAGUCUCUGACGCGAAUAAUCCACAUCAACUGCUGUAUAUAAUUGUGCAUCUGUCCAGUGUUCCAUCUAAACCGAUUUUACAUGAACAGAUAAUGGCUUUGGCUCGGGUGUUUUUCCGUUUACAUGGCUAUUUGCGACCCAUAUCGAAAACACAGGCUCCUUUGGUCUCCCGACUCAUACGGACCCAGAAUGAAGCGAGGUAUUGGCAGUGUACUGCUGCUCCACAGUCGACGAGUUGUCACUGGCAACUUCAGGAAGAAUGCCUUGAGCUCAGCUAUGGAGGACUUGUGAUGCACUUUGACUAUGUGUGGCUACGGGAUCAUUGCCGCUCUGCCUCCUGCUACAACAGCAAGACCAACCAGAGGAACCUAGAUACGUCACAUGUGGAGCUGAACAUAUGUCCCGCCAACACCAGGGUGGAUGAUGAGAAUCUCUUCCUCACAUGGCCCGAUGGUCAUGUGACAAAGUACAACCUGAGUUGGCUGGCUCAGAACAGCUAUGAGGGACAGAAGCAGAGUGCCAUGCAGCCACGCAUCAUCUGGAACUCUGACAUCUAUGCCAAUGCCAAGGUGUCCCCUGCCAAUUGGGACAAGUUUAUGGCCUGUGACGAUGAACUGAAGAAGUUCCUCAGGAACUUUCUGCUGUAUGGCAUUGCUUUUGUGGAGGGUGUCCCACCAACUGUUGAGGCCACAGGGACUGUUACCCAGAGGGUCAGCCUCAUCAGGGAGACUAUGUAUGGCAAGAUGUGGAACUUCACUUCAGAUUUCUCCAGAGGAGACACUGCCUACACCAAACUGGCCCUGGACCGUCACACAGACACCUCAUACUUCCAGGAGCCUUGUGGGAUCCAAGUGUUCCAUUGCCUUAAACACGAGGGAACGGGAGGAAGAACACUACUCGUGGAUGGAUUCUAUUCUGCAGACCAAGUACUCCAGAAGACACCUGACAACUUUGAGCUGCUAGCACGGGUGCCUAUCAAGCAUGAGUACAUUGAAAAUGUCAGCGACCACCGCAACCACAUGAUAGGCAUCGGCCCUGUGCUCAACGUGUAUCCCUGGAACAAUGAGGUGUACAUGAUCCGAUACAAUAACUAUGACCGGGCAGUCAUAAACACUAUCCCCCAUGACGUUGUCAAUCGAUGGUAUGUGGCUCACAGACAGUUGACCACAGAGCUGAGGAAGCCAGAGAAUGAGUUGUGGGUCAAACUGAAGCCUGGAAAGGUUCUCUUCAUUGAUAACUGGCGUGUCUUGCAUGGUCGGGAGUCCUUCACAGGCCUGCGGCAACUGUGUGGCUGCUACCUGACCAGAGACGACGUCUUGAACACUGCCCGCUCCCUGGGUCUGCAGGCCUGAGUGAAGAAGAGUCUCCAGCCAAAAGCUGCAUUAUUUUGGAGAUAAAAGCUCGAGUCAGAAUACCGUAUUAUUAAAUCAAAUCAACAACCAAAAACAACCAAAAAAAAUCACAGGCGCCGAAUACAACAAGCCCUUAACCAACAAUGCAGUUCAAGAAAUAGAGUUAAGA